GAUUUAGAGCCCAUUCACUGAUGCUGGUCCUGCAGCAGGGAGCUUCUCCGUGUGCGCUGUGAGAGGAAAGCCUAAAUGAAAUCCAAGAGAACCUUUAACGCUUAUUAAUUUGAAACAACCUAGUCGGUGUCAAUGCGACGUUUUGGUUUCCAGCGUACAAGAACUAGACGUACUUUUGGGUACCGUGAAGAUUAAUAGUAACAUUUACUCUUUUUUCCCUUUUUCAUUGUAAAAGUUUUUUUUUUUUUUUGCCUUGGCUCACAUUUUAUUUUGGUGGACUUAAAUAAUUUUUAAAGUCUAAGUCGUGUUCUCUUCCACUGUGAAAGUUCGAAGGGAUCAUGGACGCCGAAAACACUGCGGGCGGAGCUGAGGAGCUACAGCUCGAACCGUCAGCACCAAAAGCGCGUGCUGGGUCAAUGCACAAGCACUGCCAUGUGCUGGCUGAAUCCUUGGAGGUUGAGCAAGAAGGGCUGGUGGAGCACCAGCCUCUGGAGCAGGACGACCUCAACUUUGAGAGAUGGAAGCCCAAGCCAAAGCCCAAGAGGACACUGCAUGAAAAGAUAGAUGACCUGAAAACAUACCUAUGGAACCCGGAAACCAAGGAGUUUAUGGGGCGAUCAGGAAAAAGCUGGAGCCUCAUUCUUUUUUUCUACUCCACAUUGUACAUUUUCCUGGCAGCCAUGUUUGGUGGUUGUAUGUGCUGUCUCAUGUGGUCCAUCAGUCCUUAUGCACCAACCUACAAUGACCGGGUGAUGCCUCCAGGUAUGACGAUGUUGCCACAUGUAGACGUUCUCCAUGGAUUUGAAAUUACCUUCAACGCUUCUGAUCGCAGCUCAUGGAGGAAAUAUGCAAAAGCACUGGAGGCUCAACUUAAACCCUAUGAUGACACACUUCAGAAAAAGCGUAACAUUGAAUGCAAGCGGGGCACAUACUUCAUUCAGGACAACCUUGAGGAAAGUGCUGAGAGAAAAGCAUGCCAGUUUAAGAAAUCCUUCCUCGGGCCAUGCUCAGGCAUUGAGCAAAAAGACUUCGGAUACGCUAAUGGAAAGCCCUGCAUCCUCCUCAAAAUGAACAGGAUUCUUGGCUAUCUGCCAGGUCAAGGUACCCCAGUCAGUGUGACAUGUGCUGUUAAAAAAGGGACGCCUGAGGCACUCGGAAAUGUAGAAUUCUAUCCAACAAAUAUUUUUGACUUGAUGUACUAUCCUUAUUAUGGAAAGCUCAGGCAUGUAAACUACACUUCUCCUCUUGUGGCUGUUCACUUUCCCAAUGUCCAGCUGGAUGUUCACCUAUUCGUGCAAUGUAAGCUAAAUGGCAAGGGGAUAAUCAAUGAUUCACCAACCGAUCGCUUUCUUGGUAGUGUGUCUUUCGUUCUACAAGUCGGUGCAUAGUGUGGAAGUAGAAAUACAAUGGGGCUAAACAAACUUCUCAGUGUACGUUAUCUUUAAAAUAGUCAAAUGUGCUGCCUUUACCCAUUUCCUGCCACUGUGCCUUUCACUUGUGCUUAGCACAUGUUUGCUUACAAACAAAAUGCCCCAGUAGGCUACUAAGAAAAGCAAACAUUGCAGUAUAUACUGUUUAGAAUAGUGUAGGAACAUAAAGUUUGUUUAUUUGUCAUCAUACAUUAAUAAUUGCUACUUUAAGUCAGGGGAAAACGAUCACAAAUUUAGAUUUUGAGCCAAACUUUUCCAGCUGUAGAUAUACACUGUACAGUACAGAGGGUCAGUAUUGGGUUUUGGGUCAGUUUACUAAAACAUCUCGAUCUAAAGUCAAUUGUAUGUUUGCUUUUUUUUGUACAAAUUUAGAGAUGUUUAGCUUAUAAGCCAUACAAGUGAUUAAUUGUUUAAUAAUCACUCUUAUGAAUAAAUAACUAAAACAAGCGCCAAAAAGAAAAUUCCAGUUGCAAAAUUCCAAUAUGGCAAAUUAUCCUCACAAAGAGUUUUCACUCAGAAAUAUGCACCUACAUUGUAGUCCAAAAAAGAAUAUUAAAUGAGUAUGAAAAAAUAUUUAUACAUUUGGCAGCCAGGAUACACCCAUGGCACUCAUGUUAAUUACAUUUUAACUACUUUGCUUCUUGUAAAAAAAAAAAAUCUAGCUUGAUUAUACAAGGGGCAUUUAUGUCAAACCAGGACUCCUGAUUUACUUUCUUAUAAAUGAAGACAUAAGACAAGUUGACAUUUACAGGCAACUUUAAACAAUGUGCAGUGAUAAGACUCUUACCUGCAGUAAAACAUUUGAAUGGUGCAAGCAUUUGAAUGAAGCCCGUACUUUUGUGAAUGACGAUUCCGUCCGAGGUGGCUUAGAGCCUACCGCAGUCGUUCCUAUGAACAUUUAGUGAGUGCAGUGCCUGAUCCAUGAAAAUUUGGAGAUAACUGGUCUGCAACUUGCAUCCCCCAUACCAUAAUGACCUUGUUCCAAGCAAUUGCCACAUAUUUGUGUCAUUAAAGGAGUUCCUGGGAGGCCAGUGUUUCAGACAUGUCAGUCCUAUAAUGAGUCAGGUGUACUGAAAAAACUUUUGGCCUCGAUGGUAUGCUAGCACUAGUGAAAUGCUAGAUUAAGUGCAUUAGUGUAGUAGGCAAUUAUAUAGAGAAAUAAAUGUGUAGGUCAUAACUGUGCUGUUAUCCUGCACAACCUUAAGUAUUGGUUUGACUUGAACACCCCUUAUGUAUUCAAGAUGAGUUUUCUCUAGUCAGAUGUGUUUAAACAAUUAUUCAAGCUUGAAUGGCCUUAAUAUGAAAAAAAAAAAAUAUGCAAUUUAAGUUUCAUUUUAUAUUUUAACAGAUUUCUUUAAACAUCAUGGACUAAACAGAUUUUAUCUAUUAGUAAAUAUAUUUUCCUAAAAUGUGGAAUGUAGUUUGAGAUAUUACACAAAAUUUUGUUGAAUUCACACUGAAACACAUUACGAAACCCUUCACAGCAUUUGACAUGAUUCCUGGAAUCACACACUACAUUCUAAGUUGAAAAAUACCGUACUUGUUUGGUUCUCUGUGAGAAGGAUAUCAACAGUAUUAUUUAUUAAUUGUAUUUGCAUAAUUGACAUGGUACAAUUAGUUAUUAACUGUGAUUGCUAGAAAGUGUAAAUUCUUUGAUGGUAACUCUGAACGAAAAACAGCACACGAGUGUUUCCACCUCAUGUUUUUAAAAAGCACUCCUAAUGUUCUAGACAUAAAAAAUAAAGUUGGACCAGAUUUAACCAAA